AACCGGAUGUUGUUUCCCCUGUCCGCGGACAUUGGCAGAGGUUUUCCUCCGCAGCUUCACUCCGCUCCCUUUCAGCAGCAUUCAGGAGACAGAGCUACCGGUGGUUUAACGCAUCAUGGCAGAGCAAGAACCUACACCCGAGCAGCUGCAAGAGCUUGCAGCAGCAGCCAACAGCGAGGUGGAGAACCCCCUCAACUACAAAGCUCCGGCCGUGAAGAGCUUACAGGAGAUCCAGGAGCUGGACCAGGACGACGAGAGCCUGCGCAAGUACAAGCAGACACUGCUGGGCAACGACGGCGUGGUGGUGGCAGACCCCUCGGCCCCCAACGUCCAGGUAAUGAGGAUGACUCUGAUGUCUGAGGAUGCCCCUCACCCUCUGGUCCUCGACCUGACGGGAGACCUGAGUAAAUUCAAGAAGAACCCGUUUGUUCUGAAGGAGGGGGUGGAUUAUAAAAUAAGGAUCAACUUCAAGGUCAACAAGGAUAUUGUGUCCGGCCUAAAGUACACUCACCAAUUAUUCCGGAAAGGAAUAAAGGUUGACAACUUGGACUGCAUGGUCGGCAGCUAUGGUCCGAAAAAAGAUGAGCACGAGUUCACCACCCCAGUUGACGAGGCCCCCAAAGGGAUGCUUGCCCGCGGCACCUACACCGUCAAGUCCAAGUUCACCGACGACGACAAGCACGACCAUCUCUCCUGGGAAUGGUGCCUGGCGAUCAAGAAAGACUGGACCGAAUGAUUCCCCCCUCUUCGCCUUCGACUUCUUCCACCGCUUAGUCCCUCUUCCUCUUAUUGCUGUCAUUCCAUUUUAUCUGUCUGGAUUACGUGUUGAUUUGAGAUUUUGCUCUCUCCGUCCAUCGACGACUCCCCCCGCCCCGCCCCAUUCUUACAGUUUUUUCUAAAUUUGAAUAACUUCCUUCCAUCCUAGAGCUUUCAUUGGUCCGCAACUCUCUGCUAAACUAUAACAAUGGAGAAAGCAAACGAUGUGCACAAUCCAGAUAUCUCAGUUUGUUUAUAAAAAUAAAAAAACGUGUUAAAAAUAUAGUCUUAACUGCUGAAAGUGAUCCCCCCCACCUACCCUCUCUUUCAUUCUUAUCUUCUUCCAAAUUUUUCUACAAUAACCGUGAUCUGCCUUGAAUAGCGUUGUACAGGAAGCAGUAGUGCUGUAUGUGUGGCGACUGUACGGUCAUUGAAUCUUGGACGCAGCCCUCUUAAAGCCUCUGAGCAGAUUAUUGGUACCAGAGUCCCGGUUAAUCAUUUACCAUUCAGGCCGCCUCUUUUUCAAAUGAUUUAGCACCGUACAAAAUUUGCUGAGAAUGGGGGGGAAACAAAUUUACCUCUGUGACCCCUCACUGUAUGUUGGCUGUUCCUCGCCUAAUCAGGGUAUACUGGCAGUUGUUUUUUAGCAGCCAUGUGGCCUUAACAUAACCCCUAGGAAGAAAUAGACUACCUAACUGAGCCAUUUGCCUUCAGAUUACUCGCAAACAUCAUGUGAUACAUCCUAACAGGACAGGGAAUUUAACAUCUUGUAAUUCAGGUUUGAUAAUUUGUAAAAAGCCAUUGUGUUAGCAUCCAUCAUGUUGGCUUGAUUUACAGACGUCCUUCUCUUGGCAGUGCUUGUAUUUUUCUAAAUUUAAGUUGAAUAACUUUUUUUUUUAGAUCAUUUACUACAGCUGUAAAGAUGAAUCAAUGUUUUACUAAUGGCUUUUUGUCCCCAAGUGUCCCUGUAAAACCACUCAUCCUGUAUUACUCGUGUUUGAAAUGACCACAGCUGACUGUGCCUCCAGUCUAUUACAACCACAUGCUGCUCCUGCUGACGACGGCACCUUGUGCUAGACAUCAGGGAGGUGAAACGUUGUCUGUAAUUGACUUCUGAACCAGUGUAGAGACAUCAGUCCCCACCAGACAUAUAUAAAGUGUUAUUCUUUUUUUUUUAUACACUCCAGAAGUUUGGAAAUUAAGUCUGUUUCCACUGCUUCGUUAAGCGCUUGUGUCACGGACUGAUGUUUUUCUCUGUAGGUUGGGUUUGACUCAAUGUGUGAUUCUUGUAUUACCUACAGUUUACUGAUCUCCUGUGUUCACAUUAAAGUGUUCAGACUGGG